GCGAGAAAUAGUGCGUGCGAGCAAGCGAGCGAGCGAGAGACGAUGGAAGAAACCCUUCCCGAAAUCCGAAUCCCUCCUGCUCGCCCUCUCGAUUCCUUCACCGAGACCGAGUUGCUGGCGGCGGAGCUGCUCGUCCAACUCAGCGAGAGCAGCGGGGGCGACUCGUCGUCGUCCUUCUCGUCGUCGACUUCUCCUCGAUCCGUCAACGCGCGGCCUCCGCCGAUGGCGAUGGUGGCGGAGGACGACCGCGACGUCGUGGUGGGGGAGGAGGAGGAUGACGAGAUUGGUGGGGCCCCGCGGCGCCGGAGGCCUAGGUAUCGCCUCCUCGCCGAUCUCUACGCGGUCACGGCACCGAUCGGCAGCGUCGAGAAGCGGCGUGGAGGAGAGCGUCAGCGUGGCGAGAAGAAGAUGAAAGGAGGGAAGUAGAAAGUUGGAAGACAGUAGCUUCGUUGUAUCUCUUAUUCCCUCUAAUUUUAGUUUGUAUGAGAGUUGAUGGUGUAAUUUAUCAACUCAUCCCUGUAGAUUUUAAGCGGAAACGUAUCUAUUCUCAUCGAUCGGAUGUUAUUUGUGUGAUAUAAGUUUGGUUUGUGUGUUUUAGAGAUGUCA